GUCGAGGUGGCACUAAUGGGUCAGGGAGCUAACCAAAACAAAGUUAUUGAAGAUGGUUUACGCGACAUGGCGCAGAGCAAACGCGUGGGAAUGUCUCAUUAGAUCCAAUGGAUGUAAUGUGGAUUAUUUAACGCGCCGUUUAUGUUUUUUUCUGUAACUGUGACUAGAGGCGGUAUAAAUAACCAGCUGGAGUUAUCAACCUCAGCUACGGGUUGAAACACCGAACUUCGACUCGAUUUUCACCGAGUACCUCUCACUACGUGGAAUUAACAAUACGACAACACUUGAUUUGGGACCAUAUAAGACGAAAGUUUGUCGGGGCUUAAAGCCGAAAGUCACACGGAGCAGACUCGUCCAUGUGUACGACCGUGUAUUGUACUGAAGUGGGACGGGGUCGUUGUUCGCCAGUUAGCAUUGCUAGUCUUUCAGCUUCCCUGUUCGGCCUUUUAAAUUAUAUUACAUUUUCUUGACGAUGUCAUCGUGGUUAGGUGGUCUCGGCUCAGGGUUGGGCCAGUCUCUUGGCCAGGUUGGGGGAAGUUUAUCCUCCUUCACCGGGCAAAUAUCUAAUUUCACCAAAGAUAUUCUGCUCGAAGGUGCAGAAGAAGUCGGAGAUGCUGCCACUGAGCUUCAGGUCUCCAAUUCAAAGCUGCAGGACCUGGAGACUGCAUAUGCCACUCAAAAAUCUGAGUAUGAGCGCUUACGAAAAAUCCACGCUGAGCUGGAGGAGAAACUGGAAGCCUCUGAGAUUCAGGUUAAGCAGCAGUCUGCUGAGUACAGAACCCAACUGCAGCAGAGAGAGGUGGAGAUCAGUCAUCUCAAAGCAAGGCAGAGCGCCCUACAGGAGGAGGUUCAAAAGCUUCAACGCUCUGCUCAGAGUGCUGUCGCCUCCUCGAGCUCCAGUCCCGCUGUGCUUCCUAUUAGCACGGCUGCCACCACCACAACCUCAUCCUCCUAUCUGUCCCAGGCGUCGGGCACACACCAGGGUUUCCACGGUGACGAAAUGGACCUCAGUGAUGUCAUCUGGUCCCAACAAGAAAUCAACCGCCUGUCCAGUGAGGUGCAUCGCCUAGAGUCAGAGGUGGCCCACUGGAGGCGAAUGGCAUCUAAAGCACCGGGAGCAGAAAAUGGUGACCAGGGAGAAAUAUUAAAACUUCAGAGAACAAUCAAGGAGCUGCGCGAAAGGAUGGGACGAGAAGUAGACGAGCACCAGCAUGAGCUAGCCGUGUUACAGGACGCCCAGCGGCAGAAGUUAGCUGACAUCACACGGAGGCACCGGGAAGAGCUUGCAGAAUACGAGGAGCGGAUUGAGGAGCUAGAGGAACAGAUUCAGAGUGAUGGAGGUGAGGCGGUCACCACACCUCAAAACUCAUCUAAAUUCCUGGAACUUCAGAAUACCAUCAAAUCCCUGCAGGACCAGUUGGAGGAGGCAGCGCAACAGAGGGCAACGCUGGAGAGAGAGAAGGAGGAGGCGCGGGCAGAAAACGCAGAACUGCUGCAGAACUACAGCCGUCUCCAGAGCUCUGUGAACGAACUACAGACGCGUGUGCAGGAGCAGGAGGGCAAAGCCAUGCUCAGAGCCCAGCAGGAAAGUGAGAUCCAGGCACUAAGGAAGGCCUUGGCAGGGGCAGAGAAAGAGAUUGCCACAUUAAAGAGUCUUAAUGAGAGUGGAUCCAAGGCAGAAGUUGAACAUGCUGACAUUUUAGAGCUCAACACUAUCAUUGAUGCGCUGAGGAAAGAGAAGGAGGAAAUGGAAAAGGAAAAGUCACUGUUACUGGACAGACUACGUAUUGCAGAAGAGGAGAGAGUUAGCACGUGUGAGGCGGAUGGAGCUGCAGACUUGAAGCAUGACGUAUCAGAUCUCCUGGUUCAGCUGGAACAGAGAGAGAAGGCACUAAAACAGGCCCAUGCAGACAUAGAAACACUCACUGGUGAACUGGAGGAACUGGACAGACAAAAUCAAGAGGCUACACAGCAUUUGAUCUCGAUGAAGGAUCAGCUCUCUUCGCAGAGGUCUGAGGCAGAGGCACAAGCAGCUCGUCUGCAGUCAGAGCUCAGUGCCUCCUGUGAGCAGAAGAGGGCGCUGCAGGAGGAGCUGGAGGCUCAGAAAGAGAAACUCAGCCAGAGUGCCUUUACUCUCAAUGAUCUCCACAUGGGCAAACGGCAGCUGGAGGCGUCAGUGAAGGAACUCAAGGACAAAUUGAGCAAGGCACAGGAGCUUGGUCAGGAGGCACGGCGGGAGAACUCGGAUCUAAAGAGGACGUUGCAAGAGAAGGAAACUGAACUCGCUUCCGUGAAGGAGCAAGUGAGUCACGUCAGGGACGAAGGCGACCUGGCAGAGGAGCAGGAGAAAGUGCUAGAGGAGAAGGACGAAGAGCUGCAGAAGAUCAAGAAAGAGCUGGCAGAGCUGAAGGCUUCAUAUGAAAAAGUGACAGCAGAAGACUACGAGUUAAAGAUCGAGAACAGGAAACUAAGAGACGAAAAAGCUCAGGCCCAGGGCAAAAUGGACGAACUGGACGCGCAGGCUCGAGACGGCCAGGCUGGCUUCAGUAGAACGGUAUUGGAAAAGGACACGCGCAUCGAGGCUCUGAAGCUGGAGAAGGGCCAGCUGGAGACGGAGCUGACACAGGUAGAGAAGCGACUUACAGACCAGACCAAACAGUACCAGCAAACUAUCGAGGAGUUGACGCGAGCCCGCUCGAUGGAUGCGUCCGCGCUGCAGACGGAACACGAACGAGCGGUUAAGCUCAACCAAGAGAAAGAUCUAGAAAUUGCCAAGCUGAGACGUGAGAUCGACCAGAUGGUGGCUGACCACAAGGACACCAGUGAGAUGCUAGACAUUACUGUGGCGGGACAGAAACAGCUCACAGAACUCUUGCAGGAGAAAGAUUCCUUCAUAGAGAAGCUGAAAGCCCAGGCUGCGGACACACAGAAGGAACUGGAGGAGAAGGUGUUGCAGGCAACACAGGAAAGCGAUUUCAUCAGGCGGACCGUGGAAGAGAGAGACAAGCAGCUGGGUGCCAUGAAAGAGGAGAACAGCCACCUCAAGGAGGAAAUUGACCGACUGAAGGACCAACAGAGCAGGCCGCAGCCAAUGUCUGAGCCAAGGACGUUGGACAUCAUCACAGAACUGGAGACAGAAGUCGCCCAGCUGAAGGCUGCCAGAGAUUGUCUAGAGGAGGAGGCGCAAGCUCUGAGGAAAACGGUGGAAGAGCAGCGAGCAACGAUCUUGCAGUCUCAGCAUUCUUUGCAGAUGCAGCAGAGCGAGCUCGAGCAAGCACGUUCACGACACGAACAGAGCUCGCUCAAUUAUGAAAGGUUAAUCAGCACUAAGGAUGAAGAAAUCGCCCAACUUCAGGAGAAAGUUGAAGUGCUGAGCAUACAGGGCCAGGGUACCCUGCAGUCCCCUUCGACACAAGAAGUGGAAAUCCUGCAAGAAGACAAGACCCAGUCGCUCAGCGGUGAGAACGGUAAUGAAAAGCACGACCUGUCAAAGGUGGAGAUUGAGAAGCUGGUUAAAGGGAUCAAGGAGAAGGAGACUGAGAUCUCCCAGUUGAACGAGAAGAACCGGUCUCUGACCAAGCAGCUAGAUCAGCUGGUCGUGUCUCGAGAUGAGUUAGGAAAACUCUCACAGAUGGUGAUGCAAAAGGACUUGGAAAUCCAAGCACUGCAUGCACGCGUCUCUGGUGGGCACAGUCAGGAUGUGUUGUUCCUCCAGCAACAGCUGCAGGCAUACGCUGUUGAACGAGAACAAGUCCUGGCUGUGCUCAAUGAGAAGACUAGAGAGAACAGCCAGCUUCGCUCUGAUUACCACCGUAUCAUGGACAUCGUUGCAGGUAAAGAGGCUGCCUUACUAAAGCUGCAACAGGAGAAUCAGCGGCUGUCCACCAUGAGCGACCCCUCGGGCAGCCAAGAGAUGUUCCGUGAGACCAUCCAGAACUUGUCCCGAAUCAUCAGAGAAAAGGACAUUGAGAUCGAUGCCCUGACGCAGAAGUGUCAGACGCUGGUCACCGUCCUCCAGUCAUCUGGCGGCGACUCGGGUGGCAGUGGCUCAGGUGGUGUGAGCAGCAACCAGUUCGAGGAACUGUUGCAAGAACGGGACACAUUGAAGCAGCAGGUGAAGAAGAUGGAUGAAUGGAAGCAACAGGUGAUCACCACAGUGAAAAACAUGCAACAUGAGUCAGCACAACUGCAGGAGGAGCUGCUAAAGCUGCAGGGUCAGAUCUCUGCAGACAGCGACUGUAGCUCCAAGCUCUCUGCGGACUAUGCUCGGCUCAUCCAGAACUAUGAACAGAAGGAGAAGAAGCUUGGUUACCUCAGUCAAGAGCUUGCUCAGGUCCAGCAGACCAUCAGCCAGCUCAGUAAUACCAAAGACGUCCUGCUUGGAAAACUGGACAGCGUGGCACAAGACCCGGUGGGUGCUGCAAUGGCUGCCCAGGUUACCCAGCCUCUUGUAGCUGCUGAACCUCCAAGCCAUGAGGAGAGGGCACCUCUGGCUCAAGAUGAAGGCUUACAGCGAGAGCUUGAGUCCCUUCGUAGUCUGGUGGCAGAGAGAGAGGCAAUGAUUCGAACCCUGCAGGAGAACAACCAUCGGCUCUCAAACUCCGCAUCUGCGUCAGAGAGCGAGCAGAGAGGGCACGCAGAGGAACUCCGCCAGGCUCGAGAGAGAAUAGAGACCCUCCAGCGUUCCCUCAGGGAAAAAGACCUGCUUAUCAAGACCAAGGGAGACCAACUCAGCCAGGUGAGUGAGUCCCUACGUAACCGUGAGAAUGAUAAUGAGGUGCUGAAGCAGGCGGUGACCAACCUGAAGGAGCGUGCCCUGAUCCUAGAGCUUGAUGUGAAGAAGCUGAAAGAGGAGAACGAGGCUGUUGCCGCACGCUCCCGAGAGAAAGAGUCCGAGUUCCGGGCCCUGCAGGAGACCAACAUGCAGGUGUCGCUGUUGUUAAGGGAGAGGGAGUUUGAGUCGAAGGCUAUGAGCGAAAAGGCUGCAGCCAUGGAGAAAAUGCUGAAAGACAGAGAGCAAGGGAAGUCUGGUGAGCUGAACCAGUUGCUUAAUGAGGUGAGGUCUAUGCAGGAGAAAGCCGUGGCUUUCCAGCAUGAGCGAGACCAGGUGAUGCUGGCAUUGAAACAGAAGCAGAUGGAGACCUCAGCUCUGCAGAGCGAGCUACAACAUGUGAAAGACAAGGAGCAGAGGCAGAAGCUGGAGUUGGAGCGGUUGCGGAAUCACCUGUUGGAGGUGGAGGACUCGUACACGCGUGAAGCUCUUGCGGCAGAGGACCGCGAGACAGAGCUGAGACGCAGGGUGGCACAGCUGGACGAGAGGCUCGCAUCCUCCUCCAGUGCUGUGGAGAAUGCCAGUCAGCAAGCCAGUCUGCAGGUGGAGUCUCUGCAGGAACAGCUGAAUGGAGCAAUCAGGCAGAGGGAUGAGGCUCUGAUCCAGCUCCGUGCUGCUCAGGAGCAGGUCAACCAGUAUGCAGUGUCCCUCUCCAACCUGCAGAUGGUGCUAGAGCAAUUUCAGCAAGAGGAAAAAGCCAUGUAUACUGCAGAGCUAGACAAGCUCAAAAAAGAGAAGGAUGAAUGGAGGAAAAAAGCAGAAAAACUGGAAGACAAGGCCUCAGCUCUGCAGAUUAACCUCGAGGAGGCCAAUGCUGCUUUGGAGUCAGCCUCAAGACUAACGGAUCAGCUGGAUCUGAAGGAGGAACAGAUUGAACAGCUUAAGAGAGAAGUGGAUGUAAGACAGGAAAUGCUGGAGGAGGCCCAGAAGAAGUUAAUGAACCUUCUCAGCAGCACGGAGGGCAAAGUGGACAAGGUGCUCAUGCGGAAUCUAUACUUGGGUUACUUCCACACCCCACGUCCUAAGAGGCAUGAAGUUCUGAAACUCAUGGGUAGUGUGCUUGGGCUGGACAAAGAUGAAGUUAACCAGAUGUUGGAGGAUGAAAGUCGGACAGGAGUCACUGGCUGGGUGUCCAGCUGGUUGGGAGGCAGGGCAGUGCAGAGUGUUCCUAACACACCCCAAAGACCCACACAGUCACAGCUCCACAACUCGUCAUUCUCUGAGAUGUUUGUGAAGUUCCUGGAGGUGGAGUCCAGUCCUACUCUGCCUGCUCCCAGACUGCCUGUCUAUGACAUAAAGCCCCUUAGUGCACCUCCACCUGGUCGCAGUACUGCCAAUGCAUCAGCAGCAGGAGCUUCAGGCUCUGGCAAACGUGCUGGAGAGUCCAACCCCUUCCUAGCCCCUCGCUCUGCCGCUGUGCCCCUGUUGAACCCAGGUGGAGCUGGCACUAGUGGACCGGGCAGUGGAGGGCACCUGCUAAUGAAGCCUAUUUCGGACGCGCUGCCCACCUUCACGCCCGUGCCGGUCUCUGCGGAGGCCAGCGCCGGAGCCGUCCUGAAAGACCUGCUCAAGCAGUGAAUGGUGCCCCUACAUGCCAUUCAAAGCACUUUAGCCAAUCAGGACGUACGAAACACUCUUCAGUACCCGCGGAAGGAACGCUGACGUAAAUGUCUUGUGCCUCGAUCUGUGGAUAUACUGCUUUUAUGGUGAUGAUAAAGCAUCAGCAGACAGGAAACCACAAAGCUUGAACGUAAGAACAGACUCAGAGUUUCUUCAUUGGAAGAAGAUUUUUACUAUUUUUGACCAGACUUGAAGAAAACAGACACCUGUAUUAGAUAAAGUGAGUUAAGAUCAGGAUGUUACUGGCAUAACACUAACACAGUGGUUUCAUCUCCUAAGUGGAGUCAUGUCUCUGUUUUUUGCCCCUUUGUUGUAAACUUGUAAUUUAUCUGCACAAAAAAAAAAAAAAAAAAAAAAAAAAUGUCUAAUGCCAUCUGGCACAAGUAAAGUUGAGAGAUUUACAAGGCUUUCGGUGUCUGCUAAAACUAUACAUAUUUUUCUUGGCGAAUGCCUCCUUUUUUUCCUCUACUCCAGACAGUUGGUGUGCAUCAGUAUUACAGUAGGAACUGUGUCAUUAAGGGCUUUGGUUUGACGACUUUAAAAAUUAGACUGAGAUAUACAUAUGUUUGUAUG